AUGGCCAAGCAAACGACAAUGGUAAUUAUAACAUCGGAUGAGAAUAUUAUUCGGCAAUUCGCUUCCAUCCGAGAUAAUAACACUUAUAUGGUUCCUCUGAAUGAUCCUACCGAUGAGCAAAACAUCACGAUGAAAGCCAACACUCGAAAUGAUCAGGUUCCCAAACGUGCAAUCGAUACAACGGAUUCGCAUCCAACGAAAUCUGUUAAAACGAAAAGAAAAUCACUGGAUCUUCUUUGUGCGAUCUGUGGUGAUCGUGCUAUUGGAUAUAAUUACGCAGUCCUUUCCUGUGCAUCGUGUAAAGCCUUUUUCCAUCGAAAUGGUCAAUAUGAUCUGAAAGCAUGGGGAUACUAUGAUGAUAAAGUGAACAACGUACCAGAUCCUGAAUGUUAUGAUAGUGCUGGAGAACACAUGGUUGUCGAAGCAAUGGAAGUUGAUGUAGAUUUAACUGAAAUGAACACUUUCUUGGCACCAAUCUCUUCAAGUUAUUUGUCAAUACGACAAAAAAUUAAGUUGGAUACAGUGAUGCUUCCCAAACAUUUAUCGUUCGUAAUUCUUGGGGCACAACUUGGCGAAGAAAUGGAAGAGACCGGAUGGUGUCAAGUGGAUGGAAUCAAUUAUACAAAUUACAAUGAAGACGGCGAAUCCAAUGUUUUUGAUGCAAAUAAAACAGAAGCGAUAUCAAUGACAAUGUAG